GUCGGUAAAUGAAAGUGAAAGUAUGUUAGUGAAACUAAAAACGGCUGUUUGUGCUGGAGGAAAAAGCACACGGUUACUUCUAGCUCUCUCGUUUCUGUUUUUAAUCCAGGGGAAUCUGCCCUGAAGACUCCUGAAAGGACAAAAGGAGUGUUUUUUAUUCCUCUCUCCACCAUGGUGAACACUCAGCUGUGUCUGGAGGCCUUGUCAGCUCUCUCCGGCUGUAACGUGGAGCAGACUGACAGCUCCUCUCAGCUCAGCCCACAGGAUUUCAUCAAUGUUGUGGCCCUGAAGGAGUUUUACAAGCAGGAGGGCUUUAAGGAGCUGGAGUACCCCAGCUUAGGGACCUUAUCUCUGCAGGACCUGGACGAACAGGACCUCUACAGCUCUCCUCUGCCGCUGACCGAGGGCCCCUCUACUGCUGGACCCUCAGAGAGCCUCAGACCUGUGGUUAGGAUCAACCCGCAGGAUUUCUUCCACCCCCAGUUUGACUACGACUUCACUAACAUCAAGGACGGUGACACCAAGUUCCUGCGGGGUAAUGAGCCGUACUUCCGUCCCUGUGGGUGGAACCGCGUUGCCCUGCGAGUGACCGACAGGUAUGACAGCGGUAACUCCUGGCUGGGGACGGGUAAGGACUCCUGGCCGGUCUCGUACCACGGCCACAACAUGGACGGCUCCCUGGGCAUCAUCCUGACCCGAGAAGAGUCUGCCUCCGAUGACCCUCAGUUCCUGGAUGCUGCUGCCGCCUCUUUAGUCCAAGGGGAGACGACGAGAGGCCGAGGGGUGUACUCGACGCCCAAUGUCAAGAUGGCGGAGAAGUACAGCAAGAGCUUCAAGUCCAAUGUAGACGGGAAGACAUACAAGGUGUUCCUCCAGAACCGCAUCAACCCAAAGAAGAGGACGAAGUGUCAGAGAGAAGACGUGUGGCUGAUCUACGUCCCUGAAGGCGCCACAGACGUCAAGACCAGAGGAAUCGUCCAGGAGUCCAUCCGCCCGUAUGGGCUGCUGCUGAAGCAGGUGUGAGGAAAGCACCGUUUACUCACCCGGAGAGUUAAAAACCAUCUGAGUUGCUCUGAUUAUGCUGUCACACAGAAUGAUUAAACAAUCCCUCGAUGAAUCCAGAACAUUAAGGAGUACCAUUUGGUAUCUGAAUGCCAAAUACGAAUAAAAACUCUGAUAAUGCGCUGUAUAAACGAGCUGAUAAUGCUGCUUGUAACCUAAACUUGAACCCUACUUUACUAGAAUAUACAACCAAUGUAGUUCAAGCUGCCUUAUUCACAGUAUCAUGUUCAGACCUCUGUAGAAAUCCUCCUUAUAUUUGGGGAUUUAUUCUAAACACUGGAGUUUUAUUAUCUACAGGUAAACAUAAAGAAACUUUGUCUCACAUGGUUGAUGUUUCUUCUCUACACUAGACUGUCCUGUUGACGUCUCUAAAAUGUGAGAAAAGACUGCAGGUACUAGGAAACUAGGUUGAUUAAUGCUGCCAUCUAGUGGUAACAGCUCUGCAUAGGUCAAUAUCUUCUUAUUCUGAUUAAAAGGGAAGUUCUGCAGAUCAUAAUCUGUUUUUCUUCCUCAUUACUAAGGGAAAACAUCUGUUUCUGUGAUGCUUAUUUCUGCUUAAUAACUAUGAAAGAUAUUCUUUGAUUUAUUCUCAGAGUUAAAGUCUGAACUGAAGCGAUGCUGUGAUUUAUGAAGGGACUCGUCUGAUGUUUUCAUAGCAUUGUGUCUUUGAGUGUACUGCAGUCCUCUCUGUCUUUUUGUCUCUUAUACUGUUCUUUUGUUUGAUAGGUCUACACAGUGUUCAAUAAAAUAAU